GCCUUUAAUGAGCUCCCUCCCUCUUCCUCUGUUCUUAGCUUUUGGAAAAUUGCCAACUUUAUUGUCUCUCUCUGAUCUUGGUUUAAUUAAUCACAUUUGAUUAUAAGAGUUCUUUUUAAUCUGAAUUAAGAUCUGUACGCUUAGUUUUAUUUCAUUACACAAAGAGUUUGAGCUCAAUGGACAACGAGCUGUUUAUGAACGCAGGAGUACUUUCUCAUCCGUCUGAGAUGACGUCACUGUCUUCUUCUUCUCCUCCGGCGAUGCUGAAUUGGGCUUCAAUGGAGACUCAUCCACUGGAGCAGAGUAUCACUCGCAAUGUGCCGCGUGAUUGCUUUUUUGGGGAAAAGUCAACGGAGCAGAGCAUCUUCGGGUCAGCUCUGAACUCACUCGUGUCUCCACCACCGUCGGAAUCUAACUUCUCCGGCGGAGGAGCCGGAGAGAAUUACGUCACCAGAGAGCUCGUAGGUGAUUUGGGAAACAUCGGCGAUAUCUACGGAGCUCCGGCGAGCUUCGGAAACGGCUUCGGGUCUUGUUACGCUACUCCGAUGAUGAGCUCUCCGCCGCUGGAUGCAUUUUCCGGCGAUUCGAGAUUCGCAGAGAGAGCCGCGAGGUUCUCGUGUUUGGGAAGCCGUAGUUUUAACGGCAGAAGAACCAACGGACCCGUUGCUGAAACAGCGUCAAUCAACGGGGAGAUGACACGUGUCUCGAGCAACUCAGCUCUCAAGCCUCCCGCCGGCGAAUCCUCCGGUGAAUCUUCCCGGAAAAGAAAAGCCAAAUCCAAGGAGCAUUCUCCCUCCACAGCUUCCCCAUCUCCUAAUUUAUCAAAGGAAGUUGAAGGGAAGGAAGAUUCUGAUUCAAAGAGAAGCAGAAAGUCACAAGAAAAUGGAGAGAACACGAAGUCUCUUGAUCCAUACAAAGACUUCAUCCAUGUCAGAGCUCGACGUGGCCAAGCCACCGAUAGUCACAGUCUCGCAGAACGAGUUCGAAGAGAGAAGAUAAGCGAGAGAAUGAAGCUGCUUCAAGAACUCGUCCCUGGAUGCAACAAGGUUACUGGGAAAGCACUGAUGUUGGAUGAAAUUAUAAACUAUGUCCAAUCAUUACAACGACAAGUUGAGUUCUUGUCAAUGAAGUUAUCGUCGGUGAACACCAGGCUGGAUUUUAACAUGGACGCUCUCAUGUCAAAGGAUAUAUUUCCUUCAAGCAACAAUCAGCAAGUACCUCAGUUAGAAUCUUCAUCUCAUAUCUUAUUGGCUGAUCAUCAUAGUCAUACUUUACAAUUGAACCCAAAUGAUUCUUCCAAUAACAUAAUGAACCCUAUGGAGACUUCUGAAAGUAGAAGCUUCAAUUCUCAGUUACCAACACUUACCCAUUUGACCGACUCUAUUUCUCAGUUUUCAACAUAUUCUGAAGAUGAUUUACAUAGCAUUAUUCAUAUGGGGUUUGCACAAAACCAAAUCCGUGAACCGAACCAAGUUCAUUCAACUAGUUUUCAAGGUCCAUCAAACCAAGUACCAUCACACAUGAAAGCUGAACUUUGAUCAACCAUUAUUUGCAUUUACAUAAUAGUAUUGGAGUUUCAGUUAAUGGUCUCAAGGGAUAGAAAGUAAGAAAGGGAUUGAUGGGUGUACAUAACGAGAAGCUUAAAUUGGACCACACCAUUUGCAAAUUCGUUUCUGUAAUCAUCUUCAUGUAUAUCAAACAACAUCUUCUUUUCACUCUUCUUUUUUUGUGUGCCCUUGUUUUGGUUUUAUGCUCCGAUUCAUUCGUGGGGCUCAAUUGUCUUGUGUUGUCACCCACUGUUAUUAUUAUCGCAUUCUUUUACGCUUUUUUCUUGAUGGGUUUACUAUCAUUGUAAGUCUUAACCCCACUAUACUAUGGCUAUAAUUUAAUC